GUCAGAGCAGGUUAGGUGGGCGGUGACUAGAAUAACCUCUUCUGCUGAUUGGGUUAUUGAGAGCGGAACGCGAGUUCAUCACUGCGCCUGGGCGUUUUCUUUUUCAGUUUCCGUCCGCUCUGGUGGUCGGCAGAGGGUUGCUAGGCAACGGCUCCAGGUUACUUUGAAUUGGGGUGGCCGCGGCGGUUGGGGCAGGGAAAAAAAGCCGUCUGAGUCGGCUUCUUCGAGAAAGGGUUGGGGUUGUCCACAACCCUGAAGUGGAAGAGAAGGAGGUGACGUGUACAGUUAAAGACCAACAUUGAAGAUUGAUAAUCUGGAUUAUUUCAACAUGAGCUUCCUGUUACCCAAACUGAGUAGCAAAAAGGCAGUAGACCAAGCAAUAAAAAGUACUGCAGAGAAGGUGCUGGUUCUCAGGUUUGGGAGAGACGACGAUCCAGUCUGUCUGCAACUAGACGACAUACUUUCUAAGACCUCUUCCGACUUAAGUAAAAUGGCUGCUAUCUAUCUAGUAGACGUGGACCAAACCCCAGUUUAUACACACUAUUUUGACAUCAGUUAUAUUCCAUCUACUGUGUUUUUCUUCAAUGGGCAGCAUAUGAAAGUGGAUUAUGGGUCUCCAGAUCACACUAAGUUUGUGGGAAGUUUCAAAACCAAACAAGACUUCAUAGAUUUGAUUGAAGUAAUUUAUCGAGGAGCAAUGAGGGGGAAACUUAUUGUGCAAAGUCCUAUUGAUCCCAAGAAUAUUCCCAAAUACGACCUCCUCUACCAAGACAUUUAGUGCUUUCGCUGCCAUCAGAGUUGAAGAGAAAGGCCCGUCUCGAAACAGUACCUAACUCCAGCUGUGCGGUUUUCCUGGGGUCCUUCAGAAACAUGGUCAGCAUCCCAGAGAAUAAGAGUUUUGACCUCAAUAGAAAGUACCGGCCGCCAAGCAGAAGACCACACUGGUGCUGGGACAUUCGGGGAUGCCCAAGUGUCUACGCCCUGCAGACCUCAGAGAGGUCAAGCCAGCCAUGGUCAAUUUCCCCAGUGUGGGUGUUUUAAUUUCUCUGUAUAUUGUGCUUUUCUUUAUUCUUUAAGAUAAUACAGAAUCCUAAAUUUGGCUAGGACAGUUUGAUUCAACUAUGUUUAUUUGAUACAUUGAGUAAAAUAGAAAAUCAGUUCACAUAAGAGCAAAAACACUUGUUUUCUACCCUAUGUGUGCAUACCCACACCUUUCUUCAUCCUCAGCCUCGCCUUCCCUCCGUUCAUGUAUUUAUCUCAUGCUCACCUACUAUCCCAGGUUCUCUUAGAAUAAUAAAUUCUCUACUGAUAGUGGCCAAGUUUGUUUUAUCUUCAAGCCUUUUUGGCUCAGAAUUUUAAAGCUAUCUUGGCUUGCUCAUUUUAUCAGCUUUUAUGUUAUUAAAUUGCCCCAGAGGUGAGAACUUGAACCUUUACUGUCCAGCACCCAAUUUAAGCUAAACAAAAAAUUAACUACCCUUAGUCAGUAGGAACCAAUCUCUCCUGGAGCUCCGUCUCUUUCUGAGGAGAAAACUGUACUUCAGGGACUCAAGACUGGAAAGAGAUCUCAGAACUGCUAGAAAAAAGUAUCAUCUAUAUAGGACUUGCCUGUUUUAAUAACUUUAUGAAGAAUUCUUGCUCUCCCAGGGCCCCCUGGCACAACCUUCACCACUUGGGCACGUCCCUCCUCUUCUCAUGGAGCGAAUGGCACUGACUUUCUAGAAUAAGAAUGUGUGCAGAACCAGAAGGCCUCGCACCAUGCAGCACAUGACCCGCUCGGCAGCUGUUGGCCUUCAUGCAGGGCAGCCCUGUCACUGCACGACUGUCCCCCUUUGCCAAGCGCCUUCUUUCCAAGUCUUCUGUGGCCAACGUGGCAGAGAAGGAAGGUUGCUGGGCACCUGGGUGGCCUUCGUUGAUAAAGGAGAGAGUCACCCCAGGAAUGAGACAACAAAAUCCUUUCAGCACCACUCCGUUUUCUCCUGGCCCCCACUUCCUGCUUACGUUGGUAAUCGUGAUGCAUGGAACCACAGCAGCCGUCUUAGGACCAUGAGGCAACCAGCCCUGGGAUGAAAAAUAAACAUGCUACAAAAAAUGAUGAAAAGAGCCUGGGUCCCUGAUGACGAUAUCAAGCUCUCAAGUGGACUCUAGACCUUCCUCCCUUCAGAUUUCUGUGAAGGAAUAAAACGUCUUUACCACCUGUCA